AUGGAGACUGCGGAUAAGAACAAAAAACGUAGCGAACGAACUCCUGAAAGUUGCGAAGAUUCCACUGAUAAACAGCCAUUCGAUCUUAAAAGUAACCCUGAACAUUCAAACAAACGUCCAAGAGUCGAAGCGAAUAAUAAUCCUUAUCUCGCACACCGCCAAUUUAACAAAAGUCCACUUGAUGGCUGGUUUCCAGGAAAAACUACUGCUGAACAAGCUAAAAUAGCUGAAGAUGGUGAUAUAAAUCCGUUCGCAAAUAAACCUUUUAGUAAGCGAUAUCGUGAAAUUUUAAAGUCUCGGCGAACCUUACCGGUACACGCACAAAGAAAGGAAUUUCUUGAUCUGGUUCAUGAAAACCAAUUUGUCGUAUUCGUUGGUGAAACUGGUUCCGGGAAAACGACACAAAUUCCGCAAUUUUUAUGUUAUGAUGUGCUUCCCCAUCUAAAGAAAAAACAAAUUGCAUGUACACAGCCACGUCGAGUUGCUGCUAUGUCGGUAGCCCAACGUGUAGCUGAUGAAAUGGAUGUGAAGCUUGGUGAAGAGGUCGGAUACAACAUCCGUUUUGAAGAUUGUUCGGGACCCAAGACUAUGCUAAAAUAUUUAACAGAUGGUAUGCUUUUACGCGAAGCUAUGAAUGAUCCAAAUUUGGAAAAAUAUUCUGCUAUUAUUCUCGAUGAGGCACACGAACGUACACUAGCGACUGAUAUUCUUAUGGGUUUAAUGAAGCAGAUUGCCAAAGUACGUAAAGAUCUAAAGGUCAUUGUAAUGAGCGCUACUCUUGAUGCCGAUAAAUUCCAAAGAUAUUUUAAUGAAGCACCGGUUCUUACUGUUCCUGGUAGGACUUUCCCGGUAGAGAUUUAUUAUACACCUGAAGCUGAACGAGAUUACCUUGAGGCAGCUAUUCGUACAGUCAUGCAAAUCCAUGAGUUUGAAGAUCCUGGAGACAUUUUACUAUUUUUGACUGGAGAAGAAGAAAUUGAAAAUGCAUGUUUAAAGAUUC